GCUCCUUGCAGAAGUAUGUGCAGCCCCAGUAGACCGCUGUGGAGGGAAGGCUGAGGUAACGCCAAAGAUUCUUGCGGGCAGUAACAAUGUAACAAACUUGGGUCGACCCGUCUACAGAAUAAAUCCCAGCUGGACUACAGUGGAUGUUUCGUAUUAACUUUUAGCUUUGGACAAGGUGAAUCAAAUAAAUCACCAUGGUUUUCAGUGAGCGUCUUUCCUUGGAGCGCAAAAUACGCACAGCCGUUUUGGCACUGCUGUUUUGCGCGCAGGCUGGUUUUGGCUUCUCAGUCGCCGGGCAGCAGGAAAGCACCUGUGAGGCCAACGGCAGCAUAUACUUCUUGGGGGAAUGGUAUUUCCUGGACUCUGAUCACUGCACCCAGUGUGAAUGCACCACUGAGGGCUCCGCGUGUUCCCGCACUGAGUGCACCUCUCUGCCGGCUGCAUGCAUCCAUGUGAGCCACUACCCCACCGACUGCUGCCCCAGGUGCGAGAAGAUCGGCUGUGAGUACCGUGGAGUGGUGUACGAGCUGGGGCAGAACUUCCAGCCAUCAGAGUGUGAGCAGUGCACUUGUGACAGUGAUGGCAUCGCCCGCUGUCUAGUGGCAGAUUGUGCUCCUCCUCCAUGUGUCAACCCUGUCUACCAGCCUGGCAAAUGCUGCCCUGAAUGCCAGGAGGUACAUUCUUAG